ACAGAUCUGAGCUCGCCCCUGGAUCCUGGAUUUGAGUCGGACCGAUCGUUUGUAAUUUGGACGAGUUUUGCGGGAAACAAUUUGGGGAUCAAUCCAACGAAGUGGUACCGUGCCUCCGUACCUAUUUAUGUGAGCAGGCCUUUCGCGCUCGGGUUUGUAUCAGUGAUCAUGGGCGUAGAAAAUGAAAAGUCGGUGAGGGUGGACGAAUUUGAAGUGAGAUACGCUGAUUGUGAAUACCCAACUGUCAAUGGAGUCGACGGUAUUACAACGUCACCAAAAUCAGAAUGGGUCGGGUCCUUAACGAGCCUAUUAUUGAGAGCGACCUCAACGCCAUCCUUGGGCAGCUCGUAUUCUAUACAGUCAUCAUCAAGAUCAUCCUCAAGACCAACAUCAAGAUCAUCAAGUUUAUUAUCGAGACCAUCAUCAAGUUCAUCAAGUUUAUCAUCGAUCUCAUCAAGUUCAUCAAGUUUACUGUCGAGACCAUCAUCGAAAUCAUCAUCAAGAUCAUCAUUAAGAUCGUCUAAAUCAUCAUCGAGUUUAUCAUCAAGAUCUUCAUCAAGGUCCUCUCCAGUGUUAUCUUUUGGGGGAAGCUCCAAAUCCUGGGCAAAAGACCUGGACUCGUACUUGGCCUCCCUGAGCCCGUGACUCUAUUUGAACUCGUCGAUCUAGAAUUGGGCGUAUUUCUGCCGAACGGAACUAUGUGCAUAAUGACGUGAGCCCUUUUACGCAUAUAGUCUUACAGGUCUUAGGGCUCAUGUCAUAAUGCACAAAGUUCCGAGGAUGAUUUCCAUAGUUCCAGAAAUACGUCCAAUUGAAUAUCAUGAAUCUGAAAAAUUCUGCAUCCAUCCAGCCGGGAGCUUAUAACUUUGUU